CAGGUCCGCAAGAACAAUCUUUUGAAGCAGGAGAGGAAGCGUCAGGAGUUCGAGAAUUCGACGCCAGACUAUAUCAUUGGCAAGGAAACCGACUUUACACGCAGUCUCAUCAAGCCGCAGAAUCCAUCGGGAUACCAACACUUUUUGAAUGAGCAGGAGGCAGAUCUGAUCUUUGAGAGGGUCCCUCAGGCUCAGGUCCAGGAGCUGAUGAAUCGAUCCUCAUUGGUGAACGAGCGGGUCCAGCUCCCGAUCGAGAGACAAAAGGCAGAGUUGAUCCGUCGUAUCUCAGCACUGGAGAACGGGAACGCAAAGCAGGUGGCGCUGGAGAACGUCAGGAGGGCUAGGGAGGCAUUUCAGCGUGCUGAGGGUGACACUGGCAGCCCCGAGGUUCAAGCUGCUGUCAUGACAGUCAGGAUCCAGAACUUGAACAACCACGUUAUCAACAACAAGAAGGACAAGCAUAACUACCGCCGUCUGCGCAUGUUAAUUCACCAGCGUCAGACCGUUCUCAAAUACCUCAAGAAGACCGAUCCAGAACGCUACCAUGCUUGCCUUGAUCGUUUGGGUCUCGAACCUCGCGCCAUUGAAGACGAAAUUGUUGUUUAA